AAAAUUCAUGGCAGCUUCGCUCGAAAUAAGUUUUAGCAAGAUUACUUUCCACACAAACAAACAAUAAAUUCUCUGGGACCAGAUUGCUCUUGUUUUCAAUUCCAUCCUUUUUUACCAGGAGGAGGAGAGAGGACACUCUAACGUUCUUCAAUUCUCCUUCACACAAUUCUUUUUCCAGGAAAGUUUCUUGGUUGGUUCUGGAAGCACCAACAGAAAUAGUAUUUUUGGCUCUUUUCCCACCUCAAAAAAAGUUUCAACUACCCACCUCAAAAAAAGUUUCAACUACCCACAAAUCCUUAUCUUUACUACAUCUACCUGCAACUGAUAAUCCCAACACCAUUUUCAUCUUACAAUUGCAGUUCUAAUGGCAGCUGACUCGAACAGGAGGAAUUCCAAUACUCAGCUAUUGGAAGAACUUGAAGCACUUAGUCAAUCACUCUACCAAACUCAUCCUACUACCACUAGAAGAACCGCCUCUCUUGCUCUUCCUCGAACUUUUGUUCCGUCAAUCUCUUCUACGGAUGAGAAAACAACGGCUAAACUUGAUGACAGAACCAGCAAUAGACCCCGUUCCAGGCGUAUGUCUUUAUCCCCUUGGCGUUCAAGGCCUAAGCUUGAUGAGGAAAAUCAACGACAGAGAGAUAGAGGCGAAGUGUUAAAACAGCCAGAUAUAUCAGAUGAAAAAGGAGCCUUAGUAGAAAAGAAAGGAAUCUGGAAUUGGAAGCCUCUUCGGGCUCUUUCCCAUAUUGGAAUGCAGAAAUUGAGUUGUUUGCUCUCUGUUGAAGUUGUUACAGUUCAAGGCCUUCCAGCUUCCAUGAACGGGCUCCGGCUUUCUGUUUGUGUGCGAAAGAAAGAAACAAAGGAUGGAGCAGUUCAUACAAUGCCCUCCAGGGUUUCACAGGGAGCUGCUGAUUUUGAAGAAACCCUGUUUGUUAAGUGCCAUGUUUAUUGCACUCCUGGCAAUGGAAAGCAACUAAAAUUUGAACCUCGUCCCUUUUGGAUUUAUGUGUUUGCAGUUGAUGCUGCAGAGCUUGAUUUUGGAAGGAGCUCCGUGGAUUUGAGCCAACUUAUUCAUGAAUCCAUAGCCAAGAGUCUUGAGGGCUCUCGAGUCCGGCAGUGGGACUUGAGUUUCAAUCUGUCAGGAAAGGCAAAAGGCGGAGAGCUUGUUCUGAAAUUGGGGUUUCAAAUUAUGGAAAAAGAUGGAGGACUGGAUAUUUAUAGUCAGGCUGAAGGACUAAAGUCUGGCAAGUCUCUAAAAUUUUCUCCAUCGUUUGGCCGCAAGCAAUCAAAAACUUCGUUCAGUGUCCCUAGCCCUAGGAUGUCAAGCCGAGGUGAAGCUUGGACUCCUUCCAGGAAAGCGGCUUCAGAAGAUCUUCAAGGAAUUGAUGACUUGAAUCUGGAUGAGCCUGCACCAGCUCCCUCAACAAAAGUUGAAGAUCUUGACCUCCCAGACUUUGAGGUUGUGGAUAAAGGAGUUGAGAUUCAAGACAAAGAAGAGGUUGAUGAAGGAGAAUCCGAGGAAAUUAAUGAAGGAAAGUCAGCAUCAAGUGAGGUAGUCAAGGAGGUUCUGUAUGAUCAGGCACAUCUUACAAGACUUUCAGAGCUUGAUUCAAUUGCUCAGCAAAUAAAAGCUCUUGAAUCCAUGAUGGAAGAAGAAAAAAUCAUCAAAACGGAAGAUGAAACAGAAUCACAGAGAUUAGAUGCAGAUGAGGAAACUGUCACAAAGGAAUUUCUUCAAAUGCUGGAGGAUGAAGAGACUAACAAAUUUAAAUUCAAUCAAUCAGAAAGUCCUCCUCUGCAGCUUGAUGAAAAUGAAGAUUCUACAGAUGCUGAAACAAAAGGAUACCUGUCUGAUCUUGGAAAGGGUUUAUGUUCUGUGGUUCAAACAAGGAAUGGAGGCUACUUAGCUGCCAUGAAUCCUCUGGACACUAUAGUGGGAAGGAAGGACACUCCAAAACUAGCAAUGCAGAUGUCAAAGCCUUUUGUUCUUCAGUCAAAUAAAUCGAUGACUGGGUUUGAAUUGUUUCAGAGAAUGGCAGCAGUUGGCUUUCAGGGACUCGGUUCAGAGAUCUUGUCUUUCAUGCCUAUGGAUGAACUGAUUGGUAAAACUGCAGAGCAGAUAGCAUUCGAAGGCAUUGCUUCUGCCAUCAUCCAAGGAAGGAACAAAGAAGGUGCUACCUCAAGUGCUGCACGCACCAUUGCUGCAGUAAAAACAAUGAUCACUGCCAUGAGUACAGGCAGGAAAGACAGGAUUUCCACAGGACUUUGGAAUGUCACAAAAAAUCCAUUGACUGCAGAGGAGAUUUUGGCCUUUUCAUUGCAGAAGAUUGAGGCAAUGGCAGUUGAAGCCUUGAAAAUUCAGGCAGAAAUGGCUGAGGAAGAUGCUCCCUUUGAAGUUUCUCCAUUAAGUAGUGACAAAGAUCAGAAUCACCCUCUCACUUCGGCCGUUCCACUUGAAGAUUGGAUUAAUGGUGAGUUAGGGGACCAAGAGGCAAUUACAGUAGCAGUGGUCAUCCAGCUGCGUGACCCCAUCCGGAGAUAUGAGGCAGUUGGGGGUCCUGUAAUAGCUCUUAUUCAUGCUGCUGCACAUGCUGACACAACUGUGGACAAGUAUGAUGAAGAAAAGAGAUUCAAAGUGACCAGUUUGCACGUUGGAGGUUUCAAGGCUCGAACGGGAGGAAUCAAGACUGUGUGGGAUGGUGAAAAACAAAGGCUCACUGCCAUGCAAUGGCUGAUAGCUUAUGGUCUAGGAAAGGCAGGGAAAAAGGGAAAAAAUGUCCUUAAUAAGGGUCAAGAUUUGUUGUUGUGGAGCAUUUCCUCAAGGGUCAUGGCUGAUAUGUGGCUUAAACCAAUGAGAAAUCCAGAUGUAAAGCUUUCAAAGUAAAAGAAUACCUUCGUAGUUCUUCAGACUCUCCUUCCUGGGCCGUAAGCACAGGAGUAUAAAUCGAAAGUGCAAGGUUUUAUACCUCAAAUUUAAUAGACAUGUACGAGAAUAUAAUAAAACUAUGUGUAUUUAAUUAAAUAUUUUCAAAAUUACAUAUA